AAAAACGACUUGCGAGGCCUGCAGUGAGUGAAUUGUCACACAUAUUUUAAUCAGGAAUUAUGAUAUGCCUUGUUUCAGUUGCGGUCAAGGGAAAAAGUGGAAGUGCGUGCGGCUACGACGGCACCACGAAACGGUGUGCCGGGCUUUCCACAGCCGGCGCAAACCCACUGGCACGGACCACAGCCGAAUGUAAGGCUAUCACCUCUCAGCAAAAUAGUCAACACGCCUCUGCUGCAACGGCACAAGCGAAUGUGGAUGCGGCAUGGAAUAGCAUGAAGGCCCACGUUUUUGGAGGAGCCAAAAAGGCGACGGCUGGGACACAUCUAACCAAGGAAUGGCUAGAAAAGAAUCCUAAAGUCAAGUUGCAGUCUAAUCCGAAGACGGGUAUAAGUGUAACCGUUGAUGGGAAGUCCUCGAAGAACAGCAAUCCUAAAACUCUAUGGAACAAUAACAGAGAGUCGGGUCAUCAAUACACUGAAACUGAUGUUGAGAGAAUGUGCAAAGCCGCCAUCAGCUUGGUUCUGGCAAAGCUCAAAACCGACACUCUUCCCAAAAGCCACACAACUCAGAGUUUUUCCGUACUUGCGUUUGGCAGUACGAAUAUCUGUGUCUCGGUGCAGGGUGACACGAGCUGCUUCCCUAUGUCAAAUCAAAUUGCAAACGCUGAAGCUGGCCAGGAGUGCGAUAGCCGGUAAAUGGUAGAGGAAGAAGAUACAAGG